GGGCCGAGCCGACCGAGCCGGAGCGGGCGGCGGAAGGCCGGCGCGGCGAGUGGUAACCAUGUCGGUGUUCGGGAAGCUGUUCGGGGCUGGAGGGGGGAAGGCCGGCAAGGGCGGCCCGACCCCCCAGGAAGCCAUCCAGAGGCUUCGGGACACGGAGGAGAUGCUAAGCAAGAAGCAGGAGUUCUUGGAGAAAAAGAUCGAGCAGGAGCUGACGGCCGCCAAGAAACACGGCACCAAAAACAAGCGCGCUGCCCUCCAAGCACUGAAGCGCAAGAAGAGGUAUGAGAAGCAGCUGGCACAGAUUGAUGGUACCCUGUCAACCAUUGAGUUCCAGCGGGAAGCCCUGGAGAAUGCCAACACCAACACGGAGGUGCUCAAGAACAUGGGCUAUGCAGCCAAGGCCAUGAAGGCUGCCCACGACAACAUGGACAUCGAUAAAGUUGAUGAGUUAAUGCAGGACAUUGCUGACCAGCAAGAACUUGCAGAGGAGAUUUCCACAGCCAUUUCCAAACCUGUAGGCUUUGGAGAAGAGUUCGAUGAGGAUGAACUCAUGGCGGAAUUAGAAGAACUAGAACAGGAGGAGCUAGACAAGAAUUUGCUGGAGAUCAGUGGACCCGAAACAGUCCCUCUACCAAAUGUUCCCUCUAUAUCCCUUCCAUCCAAACCCACCAAGAAGAAGGAAGAGGAAGAUGACGACAUGAAGGAAUUGGAGAACUGGGCCGGAUCUAUGUAACUGGUCCAGCACAGGCUGGGUCCAGACAGACUCUGUGGCCUGUGUGGCGGGCAGGCGCGUGCGUGCGUGUGUGCGCAGGGCAGGCAGAAGGCGGUGCAGGCAGCCUCCAUCGCUCGACUCUCACUUCAAAGCAGUAGGCCGCAUCACUGCUCACUCUCGCAUAGCAUGGUCUGCGCCCAGUGGGGCGG